AUGGUUCGCUUGUCCAACUCCAUUAUUCUUAUCAGCAUCCUGGCUUCUGGUGCCGUUGCUGCACCUGAAUUCGAUCAGGAAGCUGAGCUACGCAGGUCAAAUUGCGACAAUGGCUGCUUUGACGAUUCUUUUCCAGGUGGUUCAUGCACAAACGACCCAGCUUGCAUGUGCACCCAGAACAAGUAUCGCGAGGCGUAUUUUUGCUGCAUGGCAAAGAGCUGUGAGGCCAUCGUCCUGACCAGAUCUGUUAAGAGACAGCACGAUGAAUGUCAGGCUCGAAAUCUUGACUUCACUUUCAAUGUUGAGAAAGCCUGCGGUAUUAAGUUGGCAGCCACUACUUCCACAACCUCUUUAACCGAAACUGCUGCUACAUCCACGAAUUCAGAAACAUCUUCAGCAGUGAUAGUAGCUGCGACUUCUGAUGCAGAAACCAAGACCAUCUCCGAUAAGAAGGCCGAAGAUACGGCUCAAGCAUCACCCACAGAAAGUGCUGCCCCUGUGACUGAUGGUGUCCCACAGCUAAAGCCCGCUCUGGGCGGCCUGGUUCUGUUGAUGGCCUCCGCGUUCUACCUUCUAUAG